AUGUCUUCUGCAUCGUCACAACACUCGGCUCCUUCCAAGCACGCUUCAACUGAUGUUGAUGAUAAUGGCGUAUCAAGAGUACAAAUUCAUGGAGAUGGCGGAGAAUUUGUCACUAUAAAUGGUCAAAAAUUCUAUCGUCACGAAUUAAUGGCUGCGUUUGGUGGUACUUUGAACCCUGGUGCUAUUCCAUACCCUAAAAUCAAUAUCAACCCAGCUCCAAUUGGUUUGAGUGGUUUCGUUUUAACUACCUUUGUCUUGAGUUUGGUUAACGCAAGAGCCAUGGGUAUUACUAUCCCCAACGCUGUUGUGUCAUUGGCUUGCUUUUAUGGUGGUUUGGUUCAAUUUUUGGCCGGUUUGUUUGAAUUUGUUACUGGGAAUACCUUUGGUUUCACUGCUUUGACUUCUUAUGGUGCUUUUUGGUUGAGCUAUGGUGCUAUUUUUAUUGAAAGAUUUGGUAUUGCUGCUGCUUAUAAAGAUACUGAUCAGUUCAAUAAUGCUGUUGCCUUUUUCUUGUUGGCGUGGGCAUUGUUUACUUUCCUUUUGGUUUUAAACACCAUGAAGUCAACUUGGGCAUUCUUUUCAUUGUUCUUCUUUUUGUUUUUGACAUUCUUGUUACUUGCAGGUGGGGAGUUUAGUGGAAGAGUUGGUGUUACUCGUGCGGGUGGUGUCAUUGGAACCAUUACUGCUUUCAUCGCCUGGUAUAAUGCGUUUGCUGGUACUGCAACAAGACUCAAUUCAUACCUUGUACCACAUCCAAUUCCAAUGCCAACCAGUAUCCCAUUCAGAAAACACAAGUAA